AUGCUCCUGCAAAGUGUGUCACAGCGUGCAGUGCGACUGCGCUCGACCUAUGUCGAGCUGUCUCAUUUUGCCCAGCGCAAUGCGGCGUGGUCAACACCGCGUCGUCUAGCGCCAAUGGCUGCUCCGAGACAAUUCCGCAGCCAGGCCUAUCUGCGGGAGCAGGCUACUCCAGAGCUGCCGGCGUUUUUAAAGACAUACAAAGAAGCAGUGGAAUUUCCGCCGGCCACUUCUGACUUCGAGACCUUCCUCGCAAACGCCGAGCCCAACACCCAAGUCGUGCUGCAUGGCUAUUUAGGCUCUCUGUCAACAAUUUCCAAGUCGCUGUCAUUUGCGACGCUAGUCGACCCCACAAUGGAACACCAGAUACAACUGGUGGCUCUUAAGAACGCCGUCGAGAAACUCAAAGCAGUUAAUAAACACAGCCCCGUCGCCGUGCGCGGCACAGUACAAAGGAAGAAGAACAAGGCAUCUGACUCGGCACCGAAAUUGGCUGAAGAUAUGUGGGAGCUUGCGCUGGAGGAUAUACAUGUGUUGAACGAUUUCCCAAAAGAAAUCGUCAUGAAACCCGAGACUGUAUUCCCGCCAGAGCAGCGGUAUCUGCAGCUGCGUUCGGAUGCGGAAUUGCGUGAAGCCCUGAGGUUCCGGGCGAAGGUACAUAAUGUGUGCAAGGUGGAAUUGGAGGAGCACUGUCGGCCGGCCUUUGUCGAGGUCGAGACCCCACUGCUAUUCAAGUCGACGCCGGAGGGGGCACGAGAAUUCCUCGUCCCGACGCGCAGACAAGGGCUAGCCUAUGCCCUGCCCCAAAGUCCGCAGCAAUACAAGCAGAUCCUCAUGGCGAGUGGGUUGCCGAGGUACUAUCAGUUUGCGCGCUGCUUCCGCGAUGAAGAUCUGAGGGCUGAUCGCCAGCCGGAGUUCACUCAGCUUGAUCUCGAAAUGUCUUUUGCGACAGGUGACGAUGUGAUGCGCACCGUCGAAGGCAUCAUCCGCCGCCUCUGGUCGUCUCUAAUGAAAGACCCAGCACCUGAGGGCCCAUUCCGGCGCCUCUCAUACCAGGAUGCAAUGGCUCGGUACGGCUCAGACAAACCAGACACCAGGUACGGCAUGGAGAUCUUCCGACUCGACCACCUACUACCAGUCGACCUGGUCAACAAAAUCUCACCACUCCACGACCCCAUCGUAGAAGCCUUCAAACUUGAAGCCAACGACAACGACCCCACCGAAACGAGCAAAUUCAUCUCCCAAUUCCUUGACUCCCCCGCCGGAGCACCCUUCAACAACAACCCAGACGGCGCCCCAGGCGUAUUCGUGUACAAUGGCAAGGCGCCACUUUGCGGCCUGCAGCCAUUCGGCUUCGAGGCCGCCGAGCAGGCCGAAAAACUCCUCGAGCCCGACCACGGCGACCUAAUCAUUCUUCAAGCACGACCACGCGCCCCAUUCACCGGGGGCUCGACUCCAAUCGGCGACCUGCGCCGCGCGCUACACGCGUCCGGCGUGUCAACGGGCUUCAAGCCCGCCCCGACGGGAUUCGACUUCCUCUGGGUCGUCGACUUCCCUCUCUUCUCGCCGUCUUCGGACUCAGAGCCCGGUCAGGGUGGCGCAGCGGGCAUCACCUCCACGCAUCACCCCUUCACAGCGCCCAAGACCACCACCGACGUCGACCUCCUCCUCACAAACCCCACGCAAGCCGUCGCAGACCACUACGACCUCGUCGUGAACGGCGUCGAGCUCGGUGGCGGUAGUCGGCGUAUCCACGACGCUGCCGUGCAGGAGUUCAUUCUCCGUGAUAUCCUCCAGAUGAGGCCCGAGCGCCUCGAAGACUUUUCGCAUCUGCUGGAUGCCCUUCGCGCCGGCUGUCCGCCGCAUGCUGGGCUGGCGCUGGGCUUUGAUCGCCUUGUCGCUGUUAUGCUGGGCAAGGAGUCGGUGAGAGAUGUUAUUGCCUUCCCUAAGACGGGCAAGGGUGGCGACGAUGCUAUGGUCGGCGCGCCGAGUCCGAUGGCCGAGGAGGCGCUGCAGACGUAUCAUCUGCGGUUGAGAGAGUAG